CCGCUGUCGCUUAGUCGGUUUCGAACUUUCGACCAGUUGGUGUGUUAGUUUGCGUGUAAAAAGAUUAAAAUAAUUGUUAAUGAAAGAAAAUUAUUGAGUGAGGUUAAUUAAUGGCACGUUAAGCAGCGUGAACACAUCUUCAGUUUCAUGUUAAAGGAUGGACAAGAAAGAAAUCAAUUUGGACUCGGUAUUGGAGAGUCUGGGACCGUACGGACGUUACAAUCUAUUGAAUUUCGUCCUUUUACUCUUCCCAGUACUGCUGAGUGCGUUCUAUGAGUGCGGCUUCAUAUUUGAGGCACAGGAACAAAUCUACCGGUGCAAAGUAGAUGGCUGUGAAAACACUUUCAACGACACAUCCUGGCUGCAGUACGCUAUACCGAGGGACGAUAACAAGGAUAGACCGGAGUCCUGUAAAAGAUAUGCUCCAUACACGGGAAUAGAACAUUGCACACCGAAUGAAUUCAGUAAUAGAACUAUACCGUGUGAUAGUUAUGUGUAUGAGUUUAAUGGAUCGUUAGUCGAAGAGUUCGACUUAGGUUGCCAAGAAUGGAAGCGAGCGCUAGUAGGAACCGUCCACAACAGCGGAAUGUUUGUGGCAAUGCUGUUUACUGGGAUUCUCUCCGACCGGUUCGGAAGGAAGGCUGCAGUGGGCCUUGCAGCAACAGCGAGUUGCCUCUUCGGGAUACUUAGAGCUUUCUCACCCAAUUACGCCAUGUAUAUGGCAAUGCAUUUCUUUGAGGCUGCAUUUGGGGGCGGGUUGUAUCCGUCCGCCUAUGUCUUAGCCGUCGAGCUGGUUGGCCUCAAGCAGCGUGUGAUUGUCUCCGCCAUGUGCAAUAUGGCCUUUGUCGUCGGUGUCGUCCUCCUUGCUCUUUUAGCCUGGUUCGUCAACAAUUGGAGGACUUACAUUCUCAUACUCUACAGCCCAGCCAUCAUUGUUGGAUUGUACGUGUGGCUGAUGAACGAGAGCGCCAGAUGGUUGCUUAGCAAAGGCCGAAAGGAAGACGCUAUUCAAACCUUAAAAAGAGCGGCGAAACUCAACAAUAUGGACCCCAAUAAAUUAGAUUUGGAUGCAUUGAGCGAUCCCUUACUAAAGAGUGACGUGACUCCAGAUAAAAAGUCUCAAUUCUCAAAGGCGAUACGUUCCAGUAUUAUUUGGAAGCGUUUAGUUGUGUGUUCGUUUUUGUGGUUAACAUGUUCAUUGGUGUAUUACGGGCUGUCGAUAAACUCUGUAUCGCUAAGUGAUAACAAAUACAUAAGUUUUAUGUUGGUGACAGUUGUAGAAAUUCCGGCGUAUAUAAUAGUAGUGAUAGUGCUGGACAAGUAUGGCAGGAAAAAGACGAUGGUGGUUAACUAUAUGACGUGUGCUGUCACCAGUUUGCUGUUCGCUUUCUUGCCUAAAGGUAACUGGUACUCAAUAGUCCUAUACCUAAUCGGCAAGUGGAGCGUCACUCUCACAUACAGCUCAGUCUAUAUCUACGUGUCUGAAGUAUUUCCAACUAACAUGCGGCAAAUGUUGCUAAGCAUUUGCUCUACCUCUGGGAGGAUAGGAUCUCUUAUUGCACCAUUGACGCCUUUACUGUCACACUACCACAAAUCCAUGCCAACAGUGAUUUUCGGUGGCAUGUGCAUCAUAUGCACCAUGCUAGUUUUUCUUCUUCCGGAGACACGAAAUAUACGUCUACCAGACACCAUUGAGGAAGCUGAAGAAUUGUCUAGGAAAAAAAGAAAAGACGAACCUUUGACUGACAUAAAGUGAAUUUUAUGGUCUGACAUAUAUUAUAGAAAAUCAAUUGGAAAAACAUAGCCACUAAAAAUUACUUUACACAGAAAGUGGAUGGCUCUGGCUUCUAAAAAAGAAUUUUAUGUUCCUAAACGUGUCUGCAAGCUUACCACAUAACUUUUAUAGCGAUUCCAAUGAUUGACCCAAUAAAAGGUUAGUCAUUAGCUUGGCAUUCGUACCUCCUAACUCCUAUGACUAUAGCGUUAUUUAAUAACAGAACUCAAUUUCAUUGAAUUACGCAAUGCUAAAACUCAAUGUAUCAGAGUCGAUAUUAAAGUUAUGCGGUAAGCGUACUAAUUGAAUUUAUUUUUAAUUUUAAAAUUUUGUCAACGUUAUCUAUUUUUCAUUUGUUAAUAAAAUACAGCGUAAUAGCCAAAAAUAUUAGAUGCUUCAUAAAUAAUAUCAAAAAUUUAACGGCCAAAGAAUAAAACAAGAAAUUUUUAAAUAUUGUUAUAUUCAUAGUGAUAAAAAACGAAUUUCGGUAUAAGAAAUCUGUCUAAUUUACCAAGCAAUUUAUUCAACACAGCGUAAACAGAAAAAUAAAAAUAUUUUCAAAUUUACUUAGACAUUCAACAAAAAUAUGUGACGGUAGAAUAAUUAAAAAAAAAUCUGAAUACCGUCGUACAUUACCAUAAUAAGUACAUGUACCUACUUAUAAUUAAAAUUAGGUACUAAAAAUAAACAAAUCAACCUUAAAAUAGCACAAUUUAUCUUAAAUUGUUAUAUGUACUUUUGUUUACUCGAAAGUAAAUAUUUCGAUAUACAUUAGUCAUACUAGUUAUAAAGGGAAUUUAAAGACAAUAAUGAAUGCAUUUAAGAAUCUGUGGUUACACAGUCUAAAAGCAAUUUCAUUAUUUACGAGUUCUAUACAAUGCCACAGACUGCAUCAAAUUCCAUUGUGAUAACAAUGUUAUGACAAUAUUAAUGCGUGGCCAACAAAAUUGAUAGGGUUGUUAAAGAAAUUAUAAAAAAUUCUAUACAAACCCUUCAAGGUAAUAAUGAACAGUGUAAACUGAUUUGCAAUUAUUUUAUUUUUAAUUAUCAAUUAGACAUAAAUAUAUACAAAAUAAAUGCAUGUAUUCUGUAUACUGAAUAAUCAUUAAAAUGAGCGAACGUAAAUCACAAUUUACCAUAUAAAAUGUUAACACAUACCUUUAACUAUAAGAUUCUUAAGUUCAUAUAUAUAAUACUGGCCCAGUUUUAGGUAAAAUGUCCAAAUUCCAUUUCCAAAGUCCAUUCCAUACAACAGCUUGUAAUUCGCAAGUACUAUGGUACUUCAUCGGUGAUCUGCAUAAAUACUUGAUCGAGUAAAAUAAUAAUAAAAUAAAACGCUUGAAAAUGGAAUUGUAAUCGGGCGAAUGCAUCCUUGCUUAAUUUAGUUCAUUUUCACAGCCCUAACUCAUUGUAUGAAGAUUUGAAACUUCCUUUGUUUACAGUAUGCACAAUGUAAGAGGUACAAACUUUUAUACUUUUAACACUAAAACUUUUUUUACAUACUAGCAAAUAUUAGAAUACAUCACUAAACACUUUUGUAUUGUACGACGCUUAAUGGCAGCUGUAUCAACAUUCUAAUUAGACUUGCAACAAAUAUUCAGUUACUAUUCGGCAUUCGGCCUAUUCGGCAGCUUUUAUUAUAUAUCUACAUAUUAUUCGGCCAAAUACGGAAUACUUCAAUAAUAUAUUUUGUCAUAGAGAAAUAAUUGUUUAAAUGAAAAAUUAAAAUCGAUUGAUUACGUAUAUUUUCAUUUCUGUUAUAAUCGUUUCAAGUCGUCAUUGGUACAUAGACGUCUUCAAUACACGACAAUUCGUUACAAGUCUAAUUCUAAUACAGUAUGGAUAUUAAAUUGAAAAUGUAAUUUCAAACUUGUGUUAUACAUUACAACCAAAUCUACACAGUAACAUACCAGUACCUCGUUCUUGUUUUAAGAAAGUUUUGUAUUUUCAACAGAGUACUUACUAAA